ACUCUGGACUCCUGCGCGAGCGCACGGUGUCUGAGGCCUUAUUCAGGAUGCUGUGUUGGCUGCUCCUUUGUGGAUAUCUGUUGCUGAUGACUGGUUAUGUUGGUGGUCAUGAUGAUGACUGGAUUGACCCAACAGAUAUGCUUAACUAUGAUGCUGCUUCAGGAACAAUGAGAAAGUCUCAGGUGAAAUAUGGUACAUCAGAGAAAAAGGAAGUGAGCCCUGACUUGUCAGAUGCCAAGGAAUUGUCAGACUGUUUGCACAGACUGGAUUCUUUAACUCACAAGGUUGAUAAUUGUGAAAAGAAGAAAAUGAAAGAUUAUGAAAGUCAAAGUAAUCCUGUUUUUAGGAGAUAUCUAAAUAAGAUUUUAAUUGAAGCUCGCAAGCUUGGACUUCCUGAUGAAGAUAAGGUGGCUGUACGUUAUGAUGCUGAGCUUCUCCUUACCAGACAGACACUAUUGGAGAUACAGAAGUUCCUCGGUGGAGAGGAAUGGAAGCCAGGAGCCUUGGAUGAUGCACUAAGUGACAUUUUAAUCAAUUUUAAGCAUCAUGAUUCAGAAGCAUGGAAGUGGCAAUUUGAAGAUUUUUUUGGAGUAGAUCCAUAUAAUGUGUUUAUGGUACUCUUGUGUCUGCUCUGCAUUGUGGCACUGGUGGCUACUGAGCUCUGGACAUACGUUCGCUGGUACACGCAGUUGAAACGCAUUUUUAUCAUCAGUUUUUUCGUCAGUUUAGGAUGGAAUUGGAUGUAUCUAUAUAAGGUAGCCUUUGCUCAGCAUCAGGCUAACAUUGCAACGAUGGAGCCAUUAAACAGUGUGUGUGCUGACAAGAUGGACUGGACUGGGAGUCUCUGGGAAUGGUUUAGAAGUUCAUUCACCUAUAAGGACGACCCAUGCCAAAAGUACUAUGAGCUCUUAGUAGUCAACCCUAUUUGGGUGGUUCCGCCAACAAAGGCUCUGGCAGUUACGUUCACUAACUUUAUAACGGAACCAUUAAAGCACAUUGGAAAAGGAACUGGUGAAUUCAUUAAAGCGCUCAUGAAGGAGAUUCCAGUGCUGCUGCAGAUUCCGGUGCUUGUGAUUAUAGGGCUUGCUGUCCUGAGCUUCUGCUAUGGUGCUGGACGGUCAGUUCCUAUGCUGAGACACUUCGGUGGUCCUGAACGAGAACCCCCCCGAGCACUAGAGCCAGAUGACAGAAGACGGCAGAAGGAACUUGACUAUAGGUUCCAUGGUGGAGCAGGUGAUGCAGAUUUCUCUUACAGGGGCCCAGCUGGCUCCAUCAAGCAAGGCCCUUAUGACAAAAUGCAUGCGUAUAAGAAAGAUGUUUUGAGACAGAGAGACGUUGACAUGAGAUUUCAGUCUGGCAACAAGAGCCCUGAAGUGCUCCGGGCAUUUGAUUUACCUGACACAGAGGCACAAGAACAUCCAGAAGUGGUCCCCAGCCAUAAAUCAUCCAUUGUGAAUACAAACCUCGAAGAGAUUGGUGAAAGUACCCCGACAGAAAACAGCCAGUCUGCCAAGGAUGUCUCUGGCCAAGUUCCCAGCACUGUUGAAAGCUCACCCACAGUGGAGAAGGCCCAGCUGAAGACGGACUCUGAGUGUAGCCCCCAAGGAGGCCACCCGCACAGCACAGACGUUGCAGUGGCAGCUCGUGGGACUGAACUUGUCAGCAGCCCAUGUGGCUAAAGAACAAGGCACAGGCCAACCGCAGCUCCAGAGUCAUCUUUGAAGUCUGUAUUGACUCUUCAUCCUUCCUUAGAAAUAUGUUGAAAUUUACUACAAAGCUGCCAACUUUAAUAAUUUUACAGACCAUCAGAAUAUCUCUUAGCUGUUAGGAUGUACCUCAUAUUUUAGAACAGGGUUUUGUUAAAAUUAAGUUUUUAAGUUAAUGCUGUAGCAGACAGACACUAUUAAUUGAGGUGAUAUUAACCAGCAUUUAACUAAUGUUAAAUGUUGCUUUGGCUACACUGCUACAUGACGGCUAGCAAAACAACAGGAUCCAACUGCUUAGAGUGUGUGCUAGCUGAUGGAAGGUCCUCUGAAGCCUAGUUUGCUAAACAGGGUCUUUAAUGUAGGCUGGUGCCUGCUACUGCCACAGUCCAUCAUCUGUGUUUCUAGGUAGGCCACCUGCAGAACAAGGUGACUUUCUGGUUACCAGGCCUGUCUCCUUGUCAUACAUUUUACAUUAGGUCUCACUAAGACAAACCUGAGGAUGAACUGGUUCUAUCAAUACUUGAAUUUCACACUUUGUCAGCGUCUGUGAGAAUGGCUUUAUUCUCUACCAUGUAGUACCAGAUUUAAAAAGACCCACUUUCAUGUUUAGAACCUAGCAGUUGCUUUGAUGCUAUUCAGUUUGCUGUAUUAUCUAGGCUAAAUGUAAUUCUGGUUUUCAAAGAGCCCUAGAUAGAGAACAAAAUGCAUUAAUAUUUUUAAGUCAAUAUUUUGUUUGAUUUUAAAGUGCAUUCUCUAUUUUAUACCUUUAAAAAAGCAAUUUAAACAUUUUGUACAAGUCCGAGUUAGCACUCUUUCUGUGCAUGCAAGUGUCCUUUGUUGUUGCAACCAUAUCCACAUUGCACAUUUUUAUUUAGCUGCUUUCCAAAAAUGAUAUCGCUCAAGAAUUAAGUCUUGAAGUUAUCGGGCAGGCUGCUUCAACACGGACAUUCUCAAUGGCUGACUUUUGAUUUCUUUACACAAAUGCAUGAUGCUCCUUUUUUUUCUACCUCGGUAUCUGAAAAACUCAUUUUAUAUGUUAAUGUAACUUUCUUGUUUAUCAUUGUAAA